UUCUCUCUCACGGCUCUUCUCUCCCUCUCCAGCUCAUCAGCCGCGCUUCUCGCGCUGCAACAACAACAAUAACAAAACAAACGUAAAAAGAAGAGCACCACAGCACAUGUAGCUCAUAUUUUUGUUUGUAAUGUUUGUAUGUUGAAGUUACCUCUUACAUUUGGGGGGAUAGAAUUUUAAUACGAAUAAAGUGAAUUAUAAUAUAUGUUUAUCCACGACAUGCUACGCAGCUAAAAUGAUAUCAACAAGAUUCGCUUCCUUUUUCUACGGGAUCGUCAUAGCGUCCAUCACCUGGGGCUUCAGUUUAUACCUUUACUCAAGGCUCUCAAGAAACGACAAUGCCAUCAUCAAUCCAACGAUGUUUGAAUCCCAUGAGCCAGACUUGUUCAAAGAGUCUAUCUUUGAUCGUCCCAACAAACAGAGGCUCGAAUCCAGCAAUUCUAUCCACAAUAUUUACAAGGACGUAAUGGGUAACGAUCUCUAUGAUAAAAAAUCGAAAUACACAAACAGUGAAAAGUUGUUGCAGCAACUCAAGCCUGUGCCGAUUAAGCUAGCUGUGACGUUGGGAAACGGUCUCGAUGAAUUGGGGAUGGUAAAAAACCUCGACGAGCAGAACAAAAGGGACCAGGGCUAUAAGAAGUAUGCGUUCAACGUACUUGUCUCCGACAAUCUCGGCUUGCAAAGAGAGAUUCCCGACACUAGACACAAACUGUGCCGAAAUCUGACUUACGAAAAUAAUCUCCCGAGCGCUAGUAUUGUGAUAUGCUUUUACAACGAGCACUACGGUACUCUGUUGAGAUCCUUAUAUUCAAUUAUGAACAGAACUCCGGAAAAUUUGUUGCACGAAAUCAUCCUGGUCAAUGAUUACAGUGACGAUGAUAGCCUGCACGAAAGAGUAAAAGAAUUUGCAGGUGAACACGCUAAGAUCAGGUAUUACAAGACAGAUGAGAGGGAGGGUCUGAUCAGAGCGAGAAUAUUUGGCGCUAGAAGAGCCACCGGAGACGUUUUAGUUUUUCUAGACAGUCACAUCGAAGUCAACAAAGUUUGGAUCGAGCCUCUACUGUCUAGGAUAACUCAAUCAAAAACAAUCGUGCCAAUGCCCGUGAUUGACAUUAUCAAUGCCGAUACCUUCCAGUACACUCCAAGCCCAUUAGUUAGAGGUGGUUUCAACUGGGGCUUACACUUCAAGUGGGAUAGCUUGCCAAUCAAUACACUCAAUACCAAUGAAGAUUUCGUCAAUCCGAUCAAAUCGCCAACUAUGGCUGGAGGACUUUUUGCAAUGGAUCGUAAAUAUUUCUCUGAACUGGGAGAAUAUGAUUCCGGUAUGGAUAUAUGGGGUGGCGAGAAUUUAGAAAUAUCUUUCAGAAUAUGGAUGUGCGGUGGUAGUAUAGAGCUAAUACCGUGUUCACGAGUCGGCCACGUUUUCAGAAAAAGACGUCCAUAUGGAGCCAACCAGGACACCAUGCUAAAGAACUCCCUGCGAGUGGCUCACGUCUGGAUGGACGAGUACAAAAAUUAUUUCCUGAGAAAUGCCAAGAAAAUCGAUUACGAUGACAUAAGUGAGCGCCAGAAGUUACGCCGCGAUUUGCACUGCAAGGAUUUCGCGUGGUACUUGAAAAACGUGUAUCCGGAACUGGUCUUGCCGGAUGACAAUUCGGAGGAUUUGAAGAACAAGUGGAAAAAAGUCGAUCAGAAGGCGCCCCAGCCGUGGUACGCGCGCCAGCGAAAUUACACGAACGCGUAUCAAAUAAGACUGACCAACAGCAAACUUUGCAUUCAGAGCGUAAGGGAUGUCAAAGAUAAGGGCUCUGAGUUGGCCUUGGCAUCUUGUACAAGAAUCAAGAAACAGAUGUGGUAUGAGACGGAUAAGCAUGAAUUGGUUCUUGGGCAGUUGCUAUGCUUGGAGGGAAGUGAAAAAAGACCGAGGCUUGGAAAGUGUCAUGAAAUGGGUGGAACUCAGGAGUGGAAAUACAUUGGAUCUAGUAAUAUACCAAUUUAUAACUUGGCUACGGGUACUUGCUUGGGAGUUAUGAGUUCGAAAAAAAAUGCAACAGUAAUAAUGGAUCUGUGCAACAGAGAUGACAAGACUUUGAUAAGCUGGGAUCUUGUACGGUCAAAGUUACCACUGAAAAGUAAAAGAUGACAAAUGUAGAUAGAAAGAUUUUCAGAGAAUGAACAGUUUCACGCAUCUUUUUGAUUGUACUUUUUUAACUUUUACACGGAAAAAUGUUGUUUGUAUUUGUAUACUGAUUUUUGAUAUGAGGUUUAUUACGCAUAUGAGGGGAAAAUUUGAUUUCCAGAUCAAAGAGGUAUAAGCUAAGGAAGGAGUCAAGUGGUAUCUGUUUUUGCUUACAACGCAUAGUAACCUAGUGCCCAAACGAAUUUUAAUACUGAUUCUAAACAAUUUAACAUUUGUUGGAUUCUAUAUUAAUAAUUAUACCUUGAUUUACACGAAUUUUAACGUAAUUUGAGAUAAAAAAAAUUUUAAAAUUUCUGUCUGGAAAACUAGAAAUAGUUUUGCUUGAGAUGAGUUAUUCCGGUUAAUGCUUGAAUUCUAUUAAUGGGUACAUUCAUAAAAUAGUGAUGGUUACAGUACUUUUUUUGUUGUCUUCUGAUCUCAAAUUUUUUUAAUUUUUUUUAUUUUUUGGCUUAUAUUUUGCAGAAAAUACUUCGUCACAUAGUUCUUUCACUAAAUACAUUUCAUAACAAAUCAUAUGCAACGAUAUGCGUAUUAAAGCAGUUAUAAAUUGUAAAUUAAAAAAAAUACGUGCUUUCAAAGAGAGAAUCACAGCUGUAGAUGAGGCAAAGGAACAUUUAGCACAAUGCCAAUUUCGUUUUGUACACUGUAAUUUUUUAUUACCAUAUAAAUGUGAUAUUUCAAAGAAAUAUUAUUUAUUUUUUAAUGUUUAACUUAACUGUGGUAUUUUAGAACAUAAGAACAAAAAAGCUCUCUAUUUUGUUGUUUUGUAGA